AUGGCAGGGAACUUUUGGCAGAGCUCCCACUAUUUACAAUGGAUUUUGGAUAAACAAGAUCUGUUGAAGGAACGCCAAAAGGAUUUAAAGUUUCUCUCAGAAGAAGAGUAUUGGAAAUUACAGAUAUUUUUUACAAAUGUUAUCCAAGCAUUAGGUGAACAUCUUAAAUUAAGACAACAAGUUAUUGCCACUGCUACGGUCUAUUUCAAGAGAUUCUAUGCAAGGUAUUCUCUGAAAAGUAUAGAUCCUGUAUUAAUGGCUCCUACAUCUGUGUUUUUGGCAUCCAAAGUAGAGGAAUUUGGAGUAGUCUCAAAUACAAGAUUGAUUGCUGCUGCUACUUCUGUAUUGAAAACUAGAUUUUCAUAUGCCUUUCCAAAGGAAUUUCCUUAUAAGAUGAACCAUGUAUUAGAAUGUGAAUUCUGUCUUUUAGAAUUAAUGGAUUGUUGCUUGAUAGUGUAUCAUCCUUAUAGACCUUUGCUCCAGUAUGUGCAGGACAUGGGCCAAGAAGACAUAAAGAUGCCAGACAGUGGUUUGCUGAGCUUUCUGUGGAUAUGA